AUGCGGGGGCUCCAUAAUGGUGGUACAAGCAGCUCUGUACUUAUGGCACCUGGUGGAAUUAGUAGGAGGUUUAUCUUGAGAGGUAGCCCUCAAAAUAACUAUAACAAAGAAGUAAUAAUUCAUCUUAAUUUUGAAGGCAAGCUUUCAAGAAAAUGUAAAUUGGACAUGAAUGAUGAUGAGAAUGAUGAUUUUGUUUUAUGGUAUCCUACUCACAUAGGAGGAUCAGAAAAAUGUUUGUUUGGUCCUGAGAGUGGAUAUCACCAUAGAAUAGUUGAAAAGAACUGUUAUAUUGGCAACGAACUUAUUCAACCUAAAACAAUUGAUAAGGAUUGUGUUUGCACCAUGCAUGACUUUGAAUGCGAUUACAAUUAUGUCCAUAAAAAUGGUAGUGAUAAAUGUGAAUUAUUUCCUGGUGCCCAGCCUUUGGCUGAAGAUCCAAAUGAUAUGUGUUCUAGUAGUGAUCAUUAUUAUAAAUCAAUAGGGUAUAGAAAGGUUAAAAUGAGCUCAUGUAAAGGGGGCGAAGAGAAUUAUAUGGGUGAAAAAAUACCAUGUCCUGGACGAAUAGUUGGCUCAACAAGUUUCUGGGUAUUCUUUAUUAUUGUAAUAUUUAUUUCUGUAGGAAUCACGACAGCAUAUUUAAUAUACAAAAAUGGUGGAGGUUCAAGAGGUCAUAUUCGUCUUGGAGAUACAUAUCACAGUUCUGGAUCAAUUUUAUCAACAAUCAAAGAUAUUUUUUACUCGAUCAGAGUGCCAAGAUCUGUUUCAAGAUUUUUCUCGAAACUUUCUAUACCAGGUUUUGGUUCUAGAUCUGCCAAUAGAUAUAAUUAUAGUCCAGUUUCUCAAGAUGAAUCACAUCAAGUUUCAUUAGAAGAUUAUGAUAAUGAUAAUUAA